GUGCGUUGGCUGUGGGAAGGUCGGUGAGCGUGCUUGCGCCUCCAGCUGGGCUCUGGGGGCCACCCAGGUCGUCCGGGCUUUCGACGGGGGGCAGCGGCGGUUAGUGUGGAGAGGGCCCGGGGCCGAGGGCCGAGCCGGGAGUACGGGGGAAACAAGCGCACAUCUCACUGUUGGAAACCGUCUAGCAACACGAUGAGUCUGCAGUGGACUGCAGUCGCCACCUUCCUCUAUGCAGAGGUUUUUGCUGUGCUGCUUCUCUGCAUUCCCUUCAUUUCUCCCAAAAGAUGGCAGAAGAUUUUCAAGUCCCGCCUGGUGGAGUUGGUAGUGACUUAUGGCAACACCUUCUUUGUAGUCCUCAUUGUCAUCCUUGUGCUGCUGGUUAUUGAUGCUGUACGUGAGAUCCGGAAGUAUGACGACGUGACGGAGAAGGUGAACCUGCAGAAUAACCCCGGGGCCGUGGAGCACUUCCACAUGAAGCUUUUCCGUGCCCAGCGGAAUCUCUAUAUUGCCGGCUUUUCUUUGCUGCUGUCCUUCCUGCUGAGACGCCUGGUGACUCUCAUCUCCCAGCAGGCCACGCUGCUGGCAUCCAACGAAGCCUUUAAAAAGCAGGCAGAGAGUGCUAGUGAGGCAGCCAAGAAGUACAUGGAAGAGAAUGACCAGCUGAAGAAGGAAGCUGCUGUUGGCGGGGUCAAGUUGGAUGGUAGGGAUGCCGAGGAGAAGGUGGAAGAAGAGAACAGGAGCCUAAAGGCUGAUCUGAAGAAGCUGAAGGACGAGCUGGACAUCAACAAGCAAAAACUAGAGAAAGCUGAAAACGAGGCUCUGGCCAUGCGGAAGCAGUCUGAGGGCCUGACCAAGGAGUACGACCGCCUGUUGGAGGAGCACGCCAAGUUACAGGCAGCGGUGGACGGCCCCACGGACAAGAAGGAGGAGUGAGGCUGCCCCUCCCUGCCUGCCGCCCGGCCUGUGCCCGCUGCUGCCUGCAGCCCGGCCUCCCGGGUCCUUCGGCCUGCCCCCCACUGCUUCUCGUGCCCUGGCGCAGCUUGCAGUCGCACGCUCUCGCAGCGCGCCAUAGGGGACCCAGUUUCUGCCUGCUUCAUGCUUCCCACUGGGUUGAGCCUUUUUUGUGUUGUGUAUUAUUUGGGGCUCCAGGGCCCCUUGUCUCUGGUCCUGCAGGAGGGUGGAUGGAGCAGGCAGAGUAGCGUUUCUCUUGGGGACAAUAAAAGUUGUUAUUAUGUGAC